AUGUCACAUGAAAUUAUUGAGGAGACAGAAGGAGAGUCUCAAUGGUUUAUCAACACAAAAUAUCAAAAGGAAAAGAUCAUGAAGAUUAUACAAAACCAAAAAUCUCUAUAUUCAUCAACAACAUCAUCAUCUUCUUUAUCUUACUCUAAAUCUAGUAGUUUGUUGGAGUUAAUGAAAGGUGGAAGCACUUCUAUGAGGAGAUUAUUUGACAUGGAGCAUACAAGUUUGUCAAAUCAUUUUGAUUCUUAUAGUGGCUCACCUAUUAUUAAGCCUAUUUCUUUGUGGGAUAGUGAUUCCGAUAGAGAAUUUCAAGAUCCUUGGGCUUUAAUAAAAAAGAUUGGAUUCACAAAUGGUUAUGGUAUUGAUAGAGAAAGUGAGUUAGCUUCAAAGGGUAGUGACAUGAAUGAAGAUUUUGGAUCUCAUACUAGAAAUGAUAAAAAGGGAAAGCACAAAUUGAGUAGGAAAAAAUCUUAUAGGAGAUUACCAAGAUUUAGUUUGUGGAGAUGCGGAAGAUUGAAAUUUUCUUUAAGAUUAAGACGAUUUAAAUUUCGAAUUUGGGAUAGAAAAUUCAAGUAG